AUGGAGCCUCCCGCGACCCGCGAGGUGCACAUGAGCCAGGCCAUCCAGCCCGUGCAUGCCAACCCCCGCGGCGAGCUGAGCGCAGGGCAGUUGCUCAAGUGGAUCGACGCCACCGCCUGCCUGGCGGCUGAAAAACAUGCUGGGGUUUCCUGUGUUACAGCCUCAGUGGAUGACAUACAAUUUGAGGAGACGGCUAGAGUUGGACAAGUUAUAACCAUCAAAGCAAAAGUUAGCAGAGCAUUCAGCACAAGCAUGGAGAUCAGCAUCAAGGUCAUAGUACAGGACAUGCUCACUGGCAUUGAGAAACUUGUAAGCGUGGCUUUCUCUACAUUUGUAGCCAAACCAGUUGGGGAAAAAAAGAUUCAUUUAAAACCAGUCACACUUCUAAGUGAACAAGAUCAUGUGGAAUAUAAUCUGGCUUCUGAAAGAAGGAAAGUUCGAUUACAACAUGAAGACACCUUUAAAAACUUGAUGAAGGAAAGUAGCAAAUUUGAUGAUCCCACUUGCAAAGAAGAGGAAGGAAGGAUUUCCACAAGGGGAACCUCUGUUCAGAGCAUUGAACUUGUCCUCCCACCCCAUGCAAACCAUCAUGGAAAUACAUUUGGUGGCCAGAUUAUGGCUUGGAUGGAGACGGUGGCAACUAUUUCUGCAAGCCGCCUGUGUAGGGCACAUCCCUUUCUGAAGUCUGUGGACAUGUUUAAGUUUCGGGGACCAUCUACAGUUGGGGACCGGCUUGUCUUCAAUGCCAUUGUCAACAACACAUUUCAUAACUGUGUGGAGGUGGGUGUGCGAGUGGAGGCCUUUGACUGUCAGGAGUGGUCUGAGGGCCGAGGUAGACACAUCAACAGUGCUUUUCUCAUUUACCGUGCUGUCAAUGAUAAGGAAGAACUGGUCACAUUUCCCAGAAUCAAGCCCACCUCAAAGGAUGAUUUUAGAAGAUACCGUGGAGCUAUUGCACGCAAAAGAAUUCGCCUAGGCAGAAAAUAUUUUAUUUCCCACAAAGAAGUGGUUCCACUCUGUGUACACUGGGAUGUAAGCAACCAGGAAUUCCUGAGUAAUAGUAACGUGGAAGCUCUCAAAAAGUUAGCAGCCAAAAGUGGUUGGGAGGUUACCAGCCCUGGGGAAAAGAUAAAAAUAUAUACUCUGGAAGAACACGAUAUUUUAUCCAUUUGGGUUGAAAAGCAUGUGGAAAAACCAGCACACUUGGCUUAUCAUCUCUUAUCUGACUUUACGAAGAGACCUUUGUGGGACCCCCACUAUGUGUCCUGUGAGGUCAUAGACUGGGUGAGUGAAGAUGAUCAGAUAUAUUAUAUCACAUGUCCGAAUGUGAAUGAUGAAAAACCCAAAGACUUGGUAAUACUUGUAUCACAACGAAGACCUAUCAAAGAUGGGAACAUUUUCACAGUGGCAAUGAAGUCAAUUAUUCUGCCAUCAGUCCCACCUUCUCCACAGUACAUCAGAAGUGAAAUCAUAUGUGCUGGAUUUCUCAUCCACGCUAUUGACAGCAGUUCAUGCACUGUGUCUUACUUUAACCAGAUUUCUGCUAGCCUCUUUCCUUACUUUGCUGGAAAUCUUGGUGGCUGGUCAAAGUCCAUUGAAGAGACAGCAGCCUCCUGUAUACAAUUUAUAGAGAAUGAUGGGUUGAUAAGAACAUUAAAUGAUAAACUUCCAACUGCCAUAAUUUAA